GUGAUUCAUUCUUCACCGAGGCGUCGACAGAACUGAACUUAUUUUCUCAUUGCUUUCGUUUGUUAAUUUGUGGAAAAAUGGAACAACCAGAGCCAAAAGAUGUACAUCUUUACAUUUAUGAUUUAACGAAAGGCCUUGCUCGUCAGCUAUCCCUAGCAUUACUGAAUAAACAAAUUGAUGGAAUAUGGCAUACAGGGAUUGUGGUCUACGGCAGAGAGUAUUUCUUUGGCGGUGGAGGAAUAGAAAGUUGCAGGCCGUGUGGAACCAUCCUAGGACAGCCGACACAGGUGCACAAGAUUGGAUCCACACAAGUCUCCUACUCGCUCUUCUUGGAAUAUCUCGGAGAGAUGGGCAUGUCUGCAUUCAGUGGAGAUACAUACAACCUGAUUAACCACAAUUGCAAUAACUUCAGCAACGAGGUGGCCCAGUUCCUAACAGGCAACUCUAUCCCAGCACACAUCACCGAUUUACCACAGGAAGUACUCAACACACCCAUAGGUCAAGCGAUGAAGCCUCUCAUCGAUGCUCUGGCCUACAAUCCUACGGGCAACCGCCCUGACUCAGAGGGGGGUCCAUCCGUCUACGAUGCCCAAGCCAGCGGGGCAGGUGGCAAACCGCCGCCGGCCACUCAAACUGCUUCAACUUCUACUAGCACUAAAGAAUCAACAACAAAGUCUGAAGAAGCCAGUAAACCCAAACAAACCCCUGAAGCAGCCUAUAACGAGGAAGAGGAAGAAGACAAUGACCUCUUCCUAAAGAAGUUGAGGGAGCGGAGGCAAUCAAGAUCAAUCACAAGGCUUUGUCUCUUCAGAGAUGGUGAUCCAGCAGCAUUCACAGACAGCAUCAAACAGCAUCUUCCUCAGAGCCUCCUUACUGCGGAUGAGAUGAUGAUCUUAGAUCAGAUGAAAGAUGCCUUCCAAGCGCCUAGCGACAGUCUCCUAGACGAUGACUGGGAUAAAACUCUACCUCCCGUCAAACCAGACUACUUCCUGGUCAUAGGAAAGCUGCUUGGUAGGACGGAUCUACCCCCUGUGGUUCUGAUCCCGCUACUGCAGCUCCUCCAACUGGCCUUCCUCAGGGAGGAUGUCAUUGGUCUCCUCUGCACCAACGAGGACAGGACCAUCAUAGACUUUGUUAGCAGGGCAGAGGGACAGCCGCAGAAGGUCCAGGUCGAAAUCAUUCACUUGCUUUGUAACAUGUGUGCCAGCAGCCAAGGAUACGCCUGGGUCAUCUCGGAGAAAGAAUGGAAAGCGCCCUCUGCCAACGGUGCCUCUACGUCUAAUAUGAAGAUUAUCAAGGCCAUCGUUAUAGCCAUGCUGCUGAGUGGAUCUGAUCAGUUAUGCGAGGCAGCCGCUUCUCUCGUCUUCAACUUCACAAGACACAAGCUUGUAGAUGACAACGCAGUUGAUUUCGGAAGUGCUUUGCUGCAGGUACUAUCAACAGGGGAGUUUUCAGAGCCAACAGUUUACUACGGCAUAGGCUCCCUCUAUGGUUUGAUGGGGAAUGUGGAGGUGCUUUGUCUUGCCAACGUGAUGGGGUUCAACACGGACAAGUGGGUGGGGCUCUCGGACAGGAUCAAUCAGAUAAUCUAUGACAUGUGUCUUCUCCUAGAAGAAAAGUAGCACGCUCAGGUACAUGAGAUACUCAAGACCCUUUAACCUACAGGCAAACCUGUCUUUUAAAGGGAUCGUUUAACAAUGUUAAAUCUGAGAUGAAUGGUCCUAGGUGUUAUCAGUGUCUGUGAUAUGGUGUAAUAUUGAAGUCCUAAAAAUUGCGCUUCAAAUAAUCAUGAAGUGCCUCAAAACGUUAAAAUCUUUGAGUUACCGGUUUUACCAUGCUCAUUUUUCCCAAAAGACUGUAGUGAUAUAAAAAUGUUAGGAAAACGAAUGCUGAAAUUUUUAAUUCCAAUCAUAGAUAUCUUGAUAAUCAGACAGGCGAUGGGCUUGUAAAAGUCAGUGGAUUCAUGUAUGACCUAAAGGUUAAUAAUUAUGAUUGCAGCAUGAGCUAAAUCCAGGAUUUUGUUUUAGAAUCUUUGGUAAAGUUACCCAGUCCCUUUAAUAGCUGCCACCUCUCUAGAAAGGCCACCUGUCAAUAAUGGUGACCCAUACUGCAUCCCUCUCCAAAGAAAUGUGUGUUGAAGAACCGGACUACAAAAUUAAAAUGAUUGAAUCUUUGUGUAGGACAAAACGUACAACCAUUUUGUAAAAGGGUCUGAAAAUCAGACUAUUACUUAGGUUAUUGCAAAGUCAUUUUCAAGCUUUGGUUUUGAGGAAAGUUGUAAAUUGUUAUUGUCUUUCAAAUGCUGUUGGAAUUUAACCUUUUCAUUUUUUGGGGCCUGCAAAUGGGACAU